AUGAAAUUAUCACCCAAUGGCAAACUGGCGAUUCUUCAGCGGCAGAUUAACUCGGUGGACAUUGUACUCCUUGAGAAGAAUGACGGCACAACUGCUGUUGAAUUCAAUGUGCCCACAAAAUGCAAAGAUAUGAUUCUCAGUGUCGACUGGAUUACCGAUAAUCAGAUACUCUUCGUCACUAAGCAGACUCUCGAGCUUUUCUCUCUGAACGAGGAAAAGAUGUCCGCAAAACUCUUACGAACCCUGAACGUUUCAGCAUCCUGGUCGCUCUUUUAUGCCAAAUCGAGUUUAAUCAUUUUGGCAACAGGAAGUAACUGUAUAACGCUCCAACCUUUUCUCAUACACCAUGGCCAGUUCACAAGGCUCAAGAGUUUUGACGUCGACUCCAGUACAUCUUCUAAUGAAAAUUUACUCGAGAAAGAUGUCACAGUAACUUCCAUAUACGGGAAAAUUUGUGUGAUGGUGUUGCGAUAUAAUGCUGGUGGCUCCACUACGACAGAUCUCAUGAUAUACGAACUUACCUCCGAUGUACAAUGCGCUGCCAAAAUGAAGUAUUCGUUAGCUUUAGGGUGCUCCGGAGGAUUCGGCAUUCACGUUAUCGACAAUCUAGUAAUUGUUCAUCAUCAGGUAGGUUUGCAGCCUAUCUUGGGUAAGAAUGGCAUUCUGCUCGCUAAAAAUUUCUUUCUGCUCGCUAAAGUAGUC